GUCCAUGCCAGGGAUUAAAUGGGGGUAAAAGCGAGCAGCAGAUUGUCCUGGGAACGCUGGCACAGAUGCUCUUUCAAAAACAGCCCGCUGGACGCCGUCCCAGAAGACGGAGGGGAAAACUUGUAGACCCUCUGAAGACGCCAAGUCCUCUCCUCCGCUGCGCUUUUGAAAGCCUAUAGGAGGACCUGCUAUCGCGUAGCUCGCUCGCCGGAUCGUCUUCCAGGAGAGGAAGUCACCUUGGUGCAAACCCCAGGGGAGCUGCGCAGUGGAUCUCGGCCGGGCUCGACCCGGGUCCGGACAACCGGAGAGAGGCUGUAAAAUCUCACUGCGGCUUUGCAGGAAUCCACAUCGCGAUCGGUCGGGUUUAAAGCCCAGCGCCUUCAGUAUUGCCAAACCCGAAGUGGACGACCGCAGUGGAGGAGUCUUUCUGGAUAGCCCAUGAUGGACAGGGGUGAUAUGGGAUGUCGCUACAGCUACCACCUUCCUGUGCCCACACCUGGGCAUGACUCCCACCAGCUUUCCCUUGGAGAUAACAACAACAAAAAAACGAAAAAGGGCAAAAGGACAGGGCGAGAAGAACUGCAUCACCCAGGGCUGUGAAAUCUACCUAGGAACCCGGAAACCGACACACUCAGGUUGCAAUGGAGGCAACCCUGUUUGGCUUGGAGGACGUGUUCCUGGGCGGGCAGGGAGUCCUGUGGAACCUGACCACUGCUGCUCUGAGGAGGUGGAGGAUCCUGCACCUGAGGGCUCUGCUCUCGCUUAGAGCCAGACGCGUACCGCGGGCGGUGUACCAGAUGACGGAGGGGCGGCGAUGUCAGGUUCACCUCCUAGAUGACAGGAAGCUCGAACUUCUCGUGCAGCCAAAACUGAUGGCAAAAGAUCUCCUGGACCUGGUGGCAUCGCACUUCAAUUUGAAAGAGAAGGAAUAUUUCGGAAUAUCAUACACAGAUGAAACGGGGCAUUUCAGCUGGCUGCAGCUGGAUCGGCGGGUUCUGGAGCAUGAGUUCCCCAAGAAGUCUGGACCGGUGGUUCUGUUCUUCUGUGUCAGGUUCUACAUCGAGAGCAUAUCCUACCUGAAGGACAAUGCCACCAUUCAGCUCUUUUUCCUCAAUGCUAAAUCUUGUAUCUACAAGGAGCUCAUCGAAGUGGACAGUGAGGUGGUGUUCGAACUGGCCUCCUACAUCCUGCAGGAAGCAAAAGGCGACUUCUCAAGCGAUGACGUCACCCGGGCUGAUUUGAAGAAGCUGCCGGCUUUGCCUACCCAAGCCCUGAAGGAGCACCCAUCGCUGGCCUACUGUGAGGACCGGGUAAUCGAGCACUACAAGAAGCUCAGCGGUCAGUCCAGAGGACAAGCAAUCGUCAAUUACAUGAGCAUAGUGGAAUCUCUCCCCACCUAUGGAGUCCAUUACUAUGCCGUGAAGGACAAGCAGGGAAUCCCAUGGUGGCUGGGGCUGAGCUACAAAGGGAUCUUCCAGUACGACUACCAGGACAAGGUGAAACCGAGAAAGGUCUUCCAAUGGAGGCAGCUGGAGAACCUCUACUUCAGAGAGAAGAAGUUUUCCGUGGAAGUCCAUGACCCUCGCAGCAGGGCGUCGGUGACCCGAAGGACGUUUGGCCACAGUGGGAUCGCGGUGCACACCUGGUACGCCAGCCCCACCCUGAUCAAAACCAUCUGGGCCAUGGCUAUUAGCCAGCACCAGUUCUACCUGGACAGAAAACAGAGCAAGUCUAAAAUCCACGCAGCGAGGAGCCUGAGUGAAAUAGCAAUUGACUUGACGGAAACGGGAACACUGAAGACCUCCAAGUUGGCCAACAUGGGCAGCAAGGGCAAGAUCAUCAGCGGUAGCAGCGGGAGCCUUCUGUCCUCAGGCUCCCAGGAGUCUGACAGCUCCCAGACGGCCAAGAAGGACAUGCUGGCUGCGCUCAAGGCCAGACAGGAAGCCCUGGAGGAGACCCUGCGUCAGAGGCUGGAAGAGCUCAAGAGCAUCUGCAUCCGUGAGGCGGAGCUGACAGGGAAGCUUCCCAAAGAGUACCCCCUGGACCCAGGAGAGCAGCCCCCCACGGUGCGCCGCAAGAUCGGCACGGCCUUCAAGCUGGACGAGCAGAAGAUAGUCCCCAAGGGCGAGGAAGAGGAACUGGAGCGACUGGAGCGGGAGUUUGCCAUCCAGUCGCAGAUCACGGAGGCGGCACGGCGACUGGCCAGCGACCCCCACGUCACCAGCAAGAAGCAGAAGAAGCAGAGGAAGACGUCCUACCUCAAUGCCCUGAAGAAGCUGCAGGACAUUGAGAACAGCAUCAACGAGUACCGCGUACGGUCUGGCAAGAAGCCCACUCAGCGGGCCUCGCUCAUCAUCGAGGAAGCAAAUAUUGGCUCUGAAGACAGCUCCCUCUCCGACGCCCUGGUCCUCGACGAUGACGACCCCCAGGUGACGCCAACCUUCUCCCCGGCGGCCUCCCCCCACCGCGGCCUGCCCCCCCGGCCCCCAUCACACGGCAGACCCCCACCCCCACAGUCCCUGGAGGGCCUUCGGCACCUACACUACCAGCGCAGCGACUACGACAAGUCGCCCAUCAAGCCCAAGAUGUGGAGCGAGUCCUCGCUGGAUGAGCCUUACGAGCGCGUCAAGAAGCGCACCUCCCACAGCCACUCCAGCCACCGGCGUUUCCCCAGCACGGGCAGCUGUGCGGAGCCCGGGGGGAGCGGCUCCUUGCAAAACAGCCCCGUCCGCGGCCUCCCCCAGUGGAGCUCCCAGUCCAGCAUGCCCUCCACGCCUGACCUGAGGACGCGCACCCCCCACUACAUCCAUUCCACCAGGUCCGUGGACCUCAGCCCCACACGGCUGCACAGCCUGGCCCAGCACUUCCGGAACCGCAGCUCCAGUUUGGAGUCGCAGGGCAAACUUCUGGGCCCGGAGUCGGACACGGGCAGCCCAGACUUCUGCGGGCCGGUGGCACGUGGCACCAAUGGCUCGGACGCACCAGACGACUGCUCGUCCUGCACCAGCCACUCCAGCUCAGAGCACUGCUACCCGGCACCCAGCAGCGCCAACUACUCCACCCUGGCUGAGGACUCGCCCUCCAAGGCCCGGCAGCGGCACAAGUCCAGCGGGCACCUGGGCUCCUCCAACUCGGGCAGCAUGCCCAACCUGGCAGCCCGCAACGGCGGUGGCGGCAUGGGGCACCACGGCGUCUACCUGCACAGUCAGAGCCAGCCGUCAUCGCAGUACCGCAUCAAGGAGUACCCGCUGUACGUGGAAGGCAGUGCCACGCCUGUGGUGGUGCGCAGCCUGGAGAGCGACCAGGAGGGCCACUACAGCGUCAAGGCCCAGUUCAAGACAUCCAGCUCGUACACGGCGGGCGGCCUCUACAAGGAAGCGUGGCGUGACGAAGCUCCCGAGGGCUGCCGUCUGCCACCGUCACGCUCGCAGGUUGUACGGACUCCCUCAGUGGGCCGUGAGGGCGGGGCCGGGGGCGGGGCCAGGACCGCCGUGUCCGAGGAGCUCCGGUGCUGGUACCAGCGCUCGUCCAGCUCGCUUAAGGAGCGUGGCAGCAUCUCGCACAGCGGGUCCAACACGCCGGAGUACGGCACCCUGCAGGGCCACGCCUCCCACACCGGCACGCUGUCCCGGACCUCUACAGCCUCACCUCUCAGCCACCGGAGCGCCACCCCCUGCAGUGAGCCCGCCGCUACGCCGCCCCCCAGCAGCCCACAGCACAUCCUCAGCUGGCAAAGCGGAGACACGGCAGAAGGCUGUCCCUCUGAGGAACACCCUCAGUCUCCAGCUCACCAAAGUACUGACGCUUAGAGUCCUUUCAGCGAUGGCUGCUACCUGGACAACCCCCUGUUAGCAGACAUCCAGUGGUACGGUCGGGAGAAGGCCAAGCCAGGGACCCUGGUCUGAACGCUUGCCGUCGACCUCCUCAGCAUCCUCAAGACUGACUGGCAAGCUUGCAGGCCACGUUUCCCGACCUGGAACCUUCUGCUUGGAGACACAUUCCUUAAACCGCAGCCCUUCUUCGGGUGGAUCGGACGAAUGCUCCCCCUGAACCCCUAGUGGUUGCGCUGAAUCUACAUCUCUCGACUCGCCAGAUUCUACAAAGCCCCCGGUGGCUCAACGCCUCCACCCAGCCCUCAUACCAACAGCAGUUGCUGUAUGAACGACCGGGUGCCUCCUGCCCCCUGCCGGAGUCACAGACGCUAAUCUGUAGAGGAGCCAGUGCUUGGAUUAGCAGUCUGGCAUCCGUAUCCAGGUCAUCCACCACCCACCACGCAGCGUCGUUCGCGCCGAUGCUGUGGGAAAUUUCGCCUACCUGCUCCAAGACCAGUGUACGUUAUUUUUGUUUACCGUUCUGUCCGGAUUUAUUUUUGUUUCAUUCUGAAGGUGAGUUAUUCCCUACACAUUGUAUGCUUCUCCUCUGGCAUUCUUGGAGCUUGAUUAGAUGAUGAUGAUUCUCACCAUGCCCCAUGCGCCACGCCGGAGAUUAUCCUGGGUCGACUCAUUAACAUUUCCCUGCUAACCAAGACCCAGUCAAUCCCUUUGACAGGGGUAGCACCAAUUUUUCCAGAUUUCCACAUAGUGCCCCCUGGUGUCUCCCUGUUUUCGACCCCUCUGCCUUCAACGGCCUUUUGUGACCACACACGGUCCCUGUUAAAAUCACUUGCGCCGUAAGUUUGCUCGGUUGUCUUGGUAUCUUCAGGAUCCUUUUCAGAGCCCACCCUAUCCUGUCACAUGAUCCCCCGUCAUUGGACUGAAUCAGAUUGUCUUCACAUGUGAUCAUUUCUCUAUGGUGGACCUAUCUGUCAGUCAAACCUCAGUACCAAUCCUGGUUUCCCGAACGGGGGUGGGUGUCCUUUCUAGAGCCACAGCAGAGUGACGGUGGUGCUAUCCCACCUUGGUGCUCCAACGCCCCGUACUGUAAUGGCACCAGCAGAAGCCAGCAGCGACUUGACCAGUGGCAGAUCUCUCCCCCGACCCCGACCCCGACAAACGCUUUGCCUUACCCAACACAGCAGGAAGCUUUUAUCAGCAUCUGGCAGUGGUGGAAGAAUCCGAUCAGCGAACGAGCAGCAGUUGAUUCCUCACGUACGCCGCUCCCUGGAUCACUGUGCCCAGAUGAUUCCGUCAAGUCAAACGUUUCUGCGCAGAUGGAGUGUGGUUAGAAAAACACAUGGCAGGCAACACAAACACCCAUAACACAAAUGUUUACAGGAUCCAGCCACAUUCACGUUAUUCUGGCAUGCAGUUACAUUCAACCUAAAACUGACCAUUCCACCAUAAAUAAUGAUCAUCCUGCCUUAUGGCUUAAUGAAAAAGACUUUAGGGGAAAUUCUGUUUGGCACAACGGGGGGGGAGGGGGCAGAUAAAGGCUUAGGAUUUUCAGUUUGACCACAGAAAGCUGGAAAUCGACUAUCAGGAAGCCGGUUCCCAAACGUGGCCUCGUCACUUCAUCACCGUAGCCAAGGUAGCGGCGGAACCCACUGGCGGGCCAUGAUGGUGCGGAUGUCGGACACGAAUUUGGGAUGCGGUGGAAGAACUGGGAUCUUUCUCCUUCCAUGCCUCUCUGUCUGUUAAAUCAGAGGACGCACAGAAGCCAUAUUCCUGAAUGAGGACAAAAAAAAAGGCUGUUUUCUUGUCGUUGUGGUUUCUUAGCCAUGUCCCGCUCCCCACACACCUCCGCUCACAUGCUGUGACCUCAUUUCCUGUACCUUUAAUCACCGGGUAAAUACCCCGAAUCGAGAAGCACACCUUUAUUUUUAGUAUGGGUAGAAACAAAAAAUAAAGUUUUGUGCCACCAGUGGUCGGUAGGCACACUGCACACACAGGGUCUUUAGAUGUUUGUUUGGUUUUUUUUUUACCCAACAUAUCUCAAGUGGGUUUUUUUUGGAGUCCUGACUUGCUGUGGAAGGCCUGGACAGGUGGCUGCUUUCUUCACACGCCAUGGAACUGAAGCUUGGACGAUAGAGGAGGAUGUAAAUCCUCCGUAGGUCUCCUGGGAUUUCUGCAGAUUCCUGUGACCGUCCUCUGCCCGAUUGGAGAAGCGGCAAACGUCGUCGGACGCUCAGACGGACAGGCACGUUGCCUUCAGAACGACACGAGCAAAACUGUGGGUGAAGAACCCGUUAAAUUUAUGGGGAAAUAUCUAUUUGAGGAAUGGUGCAAGGACAGUGUUGGUGGAAAAUGUGUCCCCGGGUUGUCCCUGUGGUGUACACAAUGUCUCUUGUCAGUUCUCCCUUAAAACCUUGUAUCACUAUAAUGAUUUAUAGUUAAUUGAUCCAUGGCUAGCAUCACUGAAAGCAAACUCAUAGCAACUUGAAGGGAUUUUAUCCUGUAAGAUGAAUAAUUGCUGUUCGUUACCGAGCAUGGCUCGAAAGGUGCAUCGUGGAUCCUGAAACGCAAAGUAAGAAACCGCCUACUGUCGGGCUUCCUGAAUAUAACGCAGUUAACACCCUCCCUGCCCCUGACCUUAGAACUUGUGGUAAUCUCUGAUCUCAAAACCAAUGUGAGUACAAGCUGUGCCCUCGGAUGUUUCACGCUCACCCUGUUGCUGUAUACGUUGAAAAAUGUUAGCGGUUUUUAUAUUAAAAGAAAAGUAACUAACAUAACAUUACUCAGCAUUUACUGAUGUGGAGGGCAGAGUGUUUUUAAACAUUUACCAUUAUUUUAAUGAUGAUUCUGGGUUUUUUAUUUUUAAUAAAUCAGUAUUAGGUUUUAGUUUCAACAUUUUAAAAACCCUUUCAGGUGCUACAAGAUUACCACCCUCUGUCCUAUUAACUAGAUGUAGAAUUUCACUUCUACUUGUCAAUACUUCUACUACCAGUUGUCCAAAAUGAAGGAUGUUAGUGUGAAACUGUACAGCUCAUCUCCAUCUGACCGUAGGGCAUGUUCAAAUAACCAGACGAAGAUGUAUGUUGUAGGAAAAAAAAACAAUGUGGAAUUGUAAGAAAUAAUUAAUUCCAUUGUUAAUUUAUUCUUUUUUCUAUUAAGAAUUUGUAUAGUAACUUUACAUUUUUCAAAACUUUGUUGUUGGCAACUGAUAAUGAAUUUUCCAGAUGAGAAAACAUGGUGGUUCUUGAGAUAAUGAAAAUAAAUUAUUGCUGAAUGUUCUGUA